UUAGGCCUGUGCAAGCGAGAGAGAGAAAAGACAGUGGUAAAGAGAACGCUUUACAGAGAGAGAGAUCGAGUGAGAUGGCUAUAGCCCGACAUGGCAGGUAAUUACACCUGUGCUAAUACGGUUCGCUGGUUCCCCUAAGAAAAAGCGGGACAGCUGGCUAUAUGGAGUUUUGGAGAGUUCGUACCGCCGCGAGGUUACAAAAACCCCGUGCCAUCGUCAAUUGCUGGCAAGUCGCAAAGUGGAACGCAGAGGCGAACGAGCUAAAGAAACUCAGUUAAACAGUUUAAACGCGGUGCCAGUCACUUUUUUCAUAUAUAUGCAUAUAUAUAUAUAUAUGUAUGUAUAGAGAGAGGCUCCCUAGCAAGCAACCUACCUACCUACCAACCAACUCACUUACCUGUCGUGUUGGCCACGUUUGUACCGAUCCGAUCAGUGCACCGUCAGCCAGCGACGCGCACACACCGAACCACUCUGGGAAACACACAGCACCAGCACCACUAUCAACAGAAGUGUUAGAUAAACUGAUAAUACUACGGAGCCCCCAACAAAAGCACUAACGUGGCGUUAACUCUAUUAACUAAAACUGAAAAAAAAAAAACCACUCACACUCACAUAAAUCAACAGCAAAAAAGCUGGCGAAAAAACAAUACAAUAGUAAAGACAAUAACCCAAGAAAAACGAAAAACGAGUCAGCGGCAAAGUGUCAAUAAAACUCUCGAAUUCAUUAACACAACUCAAAACGUUCUAUUAGUAAGCACUUGCAAAUUUCAACCAAACAAAAAAAAAAAAAAACAGGAAAAAACUGAAAACUAAAGUUGAACGGAGCGAGUGAGAUGGAUUGAGAGAGAUAAAAGGAGAGGGGACUAGACACAAAUUAGCGUGGCCAACAGUCAAAAGGUCUAAUAGAAACGCGUGUAUACGAGUAGAUAUACCCGUAUAUACACCUCACCGAGACCCAAAUAGCCAUGAUCGUAAAAACCACAUCAACAAAUGUUCGAAACGAACAAAAAAAUCACAGACAAGCCAGACGAAGCUGCGCUGCCAUGUCCUUGGCCUGUAAAAGGGCAGUGAAAUUCCCGGCACUCCAUAACAACAUCAUCAAAGGCCACAAUGCGACUCGGGGUUCCCAGGAGUCCUUUCAGCGGAACCGCUCUACUGAAGUACAGAAUUACAGAAAUUCAGUGCCCCCUGCUGGAGUCCACCAUGGCAGUAAUAAGACAAAUGCCAUGGACUCGGUUACAAUUUGGUCUCGUCUUGUCAAUCAAUUGGGAUCGAGUUGUUGCCUAGAACUGGAAAUGGCCAAGGAUGACCGGUGAGCGCUUCCUGUUCGGUUGGUAAGUUGGUAAGUUGGUAAGCUGAUACGUGGACUAGGCUGGGGCUUAAUUAGCCACACGACGACCCCGACCCGUGUUGACCUCAAAGCUAACUAAUUUAUCAAAAUGGAAAGAAAAACUGAAAAUAACUCUACGCAUAAUUAAAUCAAGCCAAAAAGUAGAAAAAAGAAAGAUUGAAAGAAAAAACCGAUACCCAAAUGCGUUUUUAAACCGUUGCGCAACGCCUCUUUCUAACAGUUUUCGAGAUUGCUUUUUGGAGUUUUGUUUGAAUUUUUGCUUUUCCUUUGGUUAAUUGCCGCUUAUUAAUCUCGGCUCGGUUAAUGGUCUCACAAACAGAAUUCUAAUUAAUGAAAUAUUUUUUCGGCCUUUUGCUUGCAUUGUCUAGGCAUUCCAGCUCCCCGAAACUAUAAUCAAUCAUAGACCCCAAGACCCUAAGAUCUCACAAAUGUUGGACUUUUGGACCAAAACUGAACUCUCGAGUGUUGUUGACAAAUUUUUUGAGUUGCCGGCAGAUUGACAGGAAAAUUGGGUAAUCAAUCAUGGGCUAUCAAAAGAUGUGCCGCCGCCAAAUGGCCUUCGAAAGGUCUGUGUAGUUAGUUAGAUUCCCAAAUAAAAAAUCAAGUCUUAUCAACCGAUGAUGCACGUCUAGGCCAUUAUAUAAAUGCUAAUGGUAUUUCAGCAAAUCAAGUUAGUUGAGAAUGUUGACAAAAAUCUCAGGCAGUUCGCUUGCUCGAAACAAGUUGAAUCAGGUUUGGUUUUAUUUUUAGUCCGCUGUAGCUGUUCGCAUGCGAUUGAAAUGAAAUAUAAAAUUACAUUAAAUUACCGGAUGUAAUUGCGGUGGUCGUGCCAGUCGACUCUCUCAGCCUGGUCAAUGAAUCACGGCCCGGCGCACACGAAAUGCGUCGAAACAAAAGACUCAGGCAACGAACUCAAAACUCGACUCUUGCCCAGAUUCGAGCACUGAGUCGUCCACUUAUGUCCAAAUCAGGGAGACCAGCAACCCACACAGAAAGGUAACC